UAUAACCCUUUGUGAACUUCCUCAUUUAAUGCAAAUCAUUAUUUGCUAUUUUUGAAAUAUUAACUCAAUUGUAAGUUGACUAAUCAACUGCAUACAAUGAUUCCACGCAUAAUAAUUGCUUUGCUAAUCAUCGUUGUUGUAUCUUCAACGCAAGAUUGCCUAUCCAAAUUUCGAUGCGAAGGUGGUAAUUGUAUUCUUAAAUCGUAUGUUUGCGACGGAGACAAAGAUUGCGAAGAUAACAGUGACGAGAGAGAUUGCUAUUCCAGAGUUUGUGACUUAGAAUCCGACUUUCGAUGUGGAAGUGGGCAAUGCGUCCUGAAAUCAGAAGAAUGUGAUGGAAGAUGGGACUGUUAUGAUGGCACUGAUGAAUUAAAUUGCAAUUGUCAAUCUAAAUUUCUAUGCGAAGACGGAUAUGAUUGUUAUGACGAGUUAGAAGCUUGCGAUGGAUACCAAGAUUGCGAAGAUAACAGUGACGAACGAGAUUGCCAUGCCAGAUUUUGUGACCCAGAAUCCUACUCUCGAUGUAGAAGCGGGCAAUGCGUCCUGAAAUCAGAUGUAUGUGAUGGAAGAUCAGACUGUGCAGAUGGCAGUGACGAAUCAAAUUGCACUGCCUCAAACUGCCCAGGUUUUUUUUGUGGAGAAGGAGUAUGCAUACGUUCUUUUCACAGAUGUGAUCACAAGGAUGAUUGCGUUAAUGGCACUGACGAAGAGGGUUGCCCUCCCUGGUGCACUGAGAAAAAUAACUUCCGGUGUGGGAGUGAAUGCAUUGAGAGAUUCCGGCUCUGCGAUGGACGUAGUGACUGUCCUGACGGUUCCGAUGAGGAAGACUGCGAUUUCAAUCCAUCGGAAGAAUGCUCACCAGGACAAUUCAGAUGCAACAAUGGUACAUGCAUUUCGUGGAAUUGGAUCUGCGACAGUGUGGAGGAUUGCUCUGAAGGGGAAGACGAAGAUGACUGCCCACCUAAUUCUUGUGAAGAGGGGGAGUUCCAGUGCAGGCAUGGACUCUGCAUCCCAAAAGAGCAAGUUUGUGACGGUAUUUUUCAAUGCUUCGAUAAGUCUGAUGAAAAAAUUUGCUCACAAUCCGAAUGCAGAGGAUAUUAUUGCGGCAACAAAGAAUGUGUUCCUCAAAAAUAUAGAUGUAACAGACUGCAGGAUUGCAGGAACGGAAAUGAUGAAGAAAACUGCUUAACUUAUCAGUGCCGAGAUUUUGAGUUCAGAUGCGAUGAAGAUCAAUGCUAUACUGAACGUUUUCUUUGCGAUCAUGACAGGGACUGUUUAGAUGGAAGUGAUGAAGAUAACUGUGAUUAUAAGAAAGAGGAAACUACUGAAAUGCACAGAAUUAUUGAUGAACUGGACGAUUCAAGUGUUUUUAAAGAGUUUUUUCUGAGCAUUUUCAAGCGAAAUUCAACCAAAUCUUAAUACUUCAAAUUAAAACAUACUCAAAAUGUUAUAUUCUUUUUAGUUUCAAUAUUUAUUUCUAUUGGUGUUUAAUCAAAAAGGAACUUUAUAUGUAUUUGACCUUAAAUAAAUCAUUCAAUGAACAAAUAGGAAA